AGGAUGGCAGCCAAAGGAAAUGGAACCUCCAGUGCUCACUUUGUCCUCUUGGGAUUCUCCCAACAGGGCAAUGUCCAGGUUGUUCUCUUUGUGGUCUUCCUGGUGAUCUACGUGAUCACCCUGCUGGGGAAUGUGGGGCUGCUGGUGUUGAUCCGGCUGGUUGCCCAGCUCCACACCCCCAUGUACUUCUUCCUGAGCAGCCUGUCCUUUCUGGACCUCUGUUAUUCCUCCUGCAUCACUCCCAGGCUGCUCUGGGAUCUCCUGGAUGAGGAGAAGGUCAUUUCUCAUGCCGCAUGCCUCACGCAGUUCUAUUUCUACGUGGCCUUUGCCACCGCUGAGUGCUACCUCCUGGCUGCCAUGGCCUACGACCGCUACGUGGCCAUCUGCAGCCCCCUGCCCUACUCCCUCUCCAUGUCCCGAGGGCUCUGUGUGCUUCUGGUGGCCAGCUCAUGCCUGGCAGGGGUCACAAAUGCCACCCUCCACACGGGCCUGGCCCUUGGGCUGAGCUUCUAUGGCCCCAAUGUCAUCGACCACUUCUACUGCGAGGGGCCCCUGCUCUUCGCUCUCUCCUACGACCCCGCGCCUAACGAGCUGGGGAUGUUUGUCAUGGCAGGCUUCAACCUGGCUGCCACCAUCCUGGCCAUCCUGCUCUCCUACGCCUUCAUCCUGACCGCCAUCCUGGGCACGCGCUCGGCCGCAGGGAAGCGAAAAGCCUUCUCCACCUGCACGUCCCACCUGGCUGUCGUGGUGGUCUCCUAUGGAUCCUUCAUGGCCAUGUACUCCCAGUGCAGCUCCAGGAGCUCCCAGGUGCAGGACAAGGCGGCCUCAGUGUUCUACACCAUGGUCACCCCCAUGCUGAACCCCUGCAUCUACAGCCUGAGGAACCAGGAGGUGAAGGCUGGGCUCUGGAGACUGAUAGGGAGGAAAGGUUCUGCUGAGAAAUAG